CCGAGCAGAUUACAAACCAACAAAACAAUCUAAGAACUCACUCUUUCCUGUCUGAACAACAACAAGAAGCAAAAAAGAAUCCCCAAAGAUGGCGAUGAUGUCAGCAUCUUCAGCCUUUGUUUUGACGUCCAACGUCACGGCGUCCGCAGGCGUUUCCUCGUCCAGGAACUCCGUGUCUUUCUUACCGAUGAGAAACGCUGGUUCUAGACUCGUAGUCAGAGCAGCCGAAGAUGCGGCUCCUGAAACAUCUUCUUCAGAAGGUGCUCCAGCAACUGCCGUGGCUCCGGCUGCAGCUGCCGCCACCAAGCCAAAGCCACCUCCGAUCGGCCCUAAGAGAGGGUCCAAGGUCAAGAUCCUAAGGAGAGAAUCCUACUGGUUCAAGAACGUUGGAUCAGUUGUGGCUGUUGAUCAGGACCCGAAGACCAGGUACCCUGUUGUGGUCAGGUUCGCGAAAGUGAAUUACGCCAACAUAUCGACCAACAACUAUGCAUUAGACGAGAUUGAAGAACUCAAAGCUUAAGUGAGAGUAAAAAAAAACAAUUGUGUGUUUGGUUUAAUGUUUAUACCAUUCUAUCUGUCUGAACUCGACCCGAACCGUAUGUACCGAAAAGUUUACCAUUUAUUUAUCUUUCAUCUCGAAUCGGUUUUCUAUAA